AUGGUUGAUCAACAAGUUGAUCCAAUUCCAAGUGGUUCUACAUCCACAGUUAGGAUUGAGAUUCCUAGUCCUUUCUAUCUACACCCUUCCGAGAAUGCAGGUUCAUCUCUAUUACUUGGAGUUUUUGAUGGUACUGGUUAUAGAUCCUGGAGGAGAGCUGUUCUUAGGGCCUUGUCAGUUAAGAGCAAGAUAGGUUUUAUCAAUGGGGAAGUUGUAAAACCAAAUCCAGAUGAUCCUAGCUUCCAGCAGUGGGAGAGGUGUGAUGAUAUGGUAACCUCUUGGAUUUUGAAUUCCUUAUCACCAGAUCUAAGGGAUAGUCUGCAGUACGUUAACAAUGCACAGGAAUUAUGGGCUGAAUUGGAAGAAAGGUAUGAUCAGACUAAUGGCUGCACCUUGGAUGUUACUGGAUACUACACAAAGAUGAAGAAACUUUGGGAAGAGAUGAGCACUGUCGAUGUAAGCUCUCAAUGUAGUUGUGUUUGCACUUGUGGUGGUAAGAUAAGGUUGGUCAAAGCUGAACAAGAUAGAAGACUUAUACAAUUCUUGAUGGGACUGAAUGAAAUGUACACUGUCAUCAGAGGAAACAUUCUCAUGAUGAGUACCCUGCCUAGUAUGGCACAAGCUUUUGCCAUUUUGUCUCAAGAGGAAAAACAGAGGGAAGUAAGACCUCACAACCACACAGCUUUGGACUCAACUUCACUGAAUGCUCUUGCCAGUAGUACAGGAUCUAAGGGAGGCCCCAGAACAAACUACAAUUCCUCUAAAGGGAGCACAGGAGUCUCUGGGAAUUUGAAUAACACAAAUGUGUUUAGAGGUAAUUCUAGCACCAGCAGGAGUUCCUUGUUUUGUGAUUUCUGCAGGAGAACGGGUCACACAAGAGAAAGAUGCUACAAACUUCAUGGAUAUCCAUCCAACUCAAAGUUUUCCAAGGGGAAGAGUGUUGGUUCUGCAGCAAAUAUGUGCACCUCUGAGAAUGAUAGGAACCACUGUGAAGAAGACCCUGAGUUGAGGAAACAAAUGCCUUUGAACUUGUCCAAAGAUCAGUAUGAACAACUGCUCAAUCUUUUGGGAUUCCUGCAGGUUGGACAUGGAGCUCCUAACUCAGACAACAUGCUAAGUGGAGCUGUGAAUCUGGCAGGGCCCUUCUCUGAAGAGCCCUCUAGAACUUGGUAG